AAAACAGUAAAUUUUCGAUCUUCGCUUGUGGUGUCGGCUGCAGCUCAGCCAGUGUAGAUUUAAAUUUGCGGAAUUUCGGUGCGUUAUCAGCCGAGGAUGGCGUUUUCGGCAUCGGUCCAAGUUUGUCGCUUCUGCGGCGGACAAAACGACGUGAUAGUUGAUUUGCUCGAGACCGGAUUGGGUGAAAAAUUGGCGAAAUACUUUCCGCUGAAGUUUGAUGCCGCAGAUCUCUUACCAAAACUGGCGUGUGCUGAAUGCGCUAGCACAAUCCAACAGAUGGAGGGUUUUGUGCUCAAAGCCCAAGAAGUGGAACGAGAUUUGCUUGAGCGCACCAAUCGACCGGUCACCAACAACGUUAUGACCCCUUCGGAAAUUCGUUUUCUUGCGCAGUCAAUGAGCACGAAGAAGUCCACACCAAAAGCAGCCUCCGUAAACGAGGUGCUACGAAAGCUUAACACUUCAUCCAUCGUGAUCAAGAAGGUCGAUAAGAAAUUGAUAAAAACCGAACCGCCACCGGCUAGGGUCAAACAACGGUUUGACGAUGACGAACCGCUGCUGAAGAUGAAAGUGGAGGUUCUUGACGAGGAACUCGAUCAUCUGACGGCCGAUGAUUUGGUUCAUUACGAUGAUACAGACGACGACGAUGAUCAGGGCGAAGUGUUGGCCCGGAAGAGUUUCAGAAAUAUUGAGUCCGUCAAUAUCAAAGAAAUGCAUUCGUCCGAUGAAAGCAGCCAAGAUAUGUAUCCGGAAGAAAGACUGGAGAUCGAAAUGGAUCCGGAUUAUGUAGAAGAACGCCCUAAACCGGUUGCAAAACGGCGUAAACAAUCGCCGGUGAAGCCCAAACCGAAGCGCCUGUCCGGUACCAAAAGUGUAGUUAUAAGUCUGACCGAUCCAUGUAACUAUGUGUGCGUGACGUGCAAAGGAAAGUUCAGUAGCUUCGAAGAACUGCAAGCCCAUAUCGACGAAAGCAUAGCCUGCAAGAAGGUCAACAGUACUUGCGAUCAGUGCGGUAAGGUUUGCGACACUCGAAGAGCACUGUACCAACAUAAACUUACACACCAACCGAAACCGCAGCUGAUUUGCGAUCAAUGCGGAAAAUCUUACACCAAUUCGUUCAACUUGGAAAACCACAAAAGCCAAGUGCAUGGUGAAGAGUUUGAAGAACUCGGCUACGUGUACAAGUGCUGUGAGCAAACAUUCCCAACGCGGCGCGAGCUCAACGAGCACAUCAAAACGCACAGCAAAAUACUGAACCUCCUGUGCGACACAUGUGGCAAAUCAUUCACGUCCCACAAGGCGCUUCGAUCGCACACGCAAAGCCAUCUGAACAUUAGACCGUAUUCGUGCGAUUUGUGUGACAAAGCGUUCCGUACUAAAUUGUUACUGGUUCAGCAUUCGCAUGUUCACACUGGAAUUAAGGUUUUCAACUGCGACGUGUGUGAGAAGUCUUUUGCCAAGAAGGACUCGCUUCGUAAGCAUUAUAAGAUCCACUCCAGUGAACCCGUCACAUGGUCCUCGACGGGUGAAAAGCUGGCGGUCAAGCCCGUGGACCAGAUCCAGGAGGAGCACUUGCAGAUGCAGCCAUCACAUCCAUACAUUGGGUAUGCCGCCGAGAUGCAAGCACCCAUUUGAAGACCUGUUGACGACUUAACUAUGUAGCGGUAAGUGAUUUAUUGCCAUUUCAUUUCUCAGCCGUGCGUGGGAAAUUUGAUGUUGGAUGUCUCACAUAUGUAAGUGUAGUUCAUAAAUUAAUGAGUAGCUAUGAAGGAA